AUGGCGACCACCACAACCACACCCCCCACCCCGGCAACCCUCACAACCUGGGAAGAAGCCUUCACCCACCCGCUCCCCACAGUCCUCACGCUCGAAAAACAACUGCGCUCCCACAUGACCGAGAACCGCACGAAACUGCGCACGCUCGUGGGAUCCUCCUAUAGAGAUUUACUGGGGACGGCGGAGAAGAUCAUCGAGAUGGAUGGGCAGAUUCGGAGUGUGGAGGGGAUGUUGGGGGGCAUGGGACGGAGGUGUAAUAGUGGGGUUGUGGAGAGGGGGUGGGAUGGUUUGAAGGGGAGGAAGGGGGUGGGGAAGGGAGAUAAGGGGAGGGAGGGGUGGGUUGUUAAUGUUAGGGUGUUGAGGGGGGUUGUGGGGUUUGUGGGGAGGGUUGUUAGGAAUGGUGGAAGUGGGAGUGGGAGGGGGGAUGCGUUGACUGCGGCGAAGGUUUUGGUGCUGGGACGGUUGGUGCUGAAGGGGUUGGGGGAGAAGGAGGAGGGGAAGGAUGGGGUGUUGGUGGAGGAGAUGAGGAGGAAGCUAGGGAGUGUGAGGAGGAGGUUGUUGGGGGAUAUUGCGAGGAGGUUGGUGAGGAGAGGGGGUGGUGAGGAAGAGGAAGAGGAAGAGGAUAAGGAGAGGACCGUCAAGACGCUCUGCGCGUACUCAUUGAUUUCGAGUGCAGGGCCGAGGGACGUCUUGCGGUAUUUCAUGCAAGUGCGUUUCGAGCAGUUGGAGACGAAGGCGGAAGAGGGGGAUUUGGUGAGCAUGUUGGAUCUCUACAGCCAGACGUUGCUGGAUACGAAAGAGCUGUUCCCCCGGCGCUUCGCGGAGGCGUUGGCGGCGUUGGCGAAGGCGACGUUGGUCAAGGAUAAAGACGUGAGGGCUGUGCAGGAGUUGAGUCUGGACGUGUAUGAACAGUGGAUUGAAGAGGAUGUGCGAAACUUCCACCCAUAUGUGCGGCAUGAUCAGUUGUCGACGGGGGAGGUUGGGGAUGCGUUGGCGGCGUGGACGAGGCAGGCGCAGGAGUGUCUGUUGCACGGCUUGAGGGAUGCUCUGGAGAAACAGACGGAUAUGAAAGAGGUGCUGGAGGUGAGGCAGAAGGUUCUGUCGAAGUAUUUGGCGCUAAGUGCGAGGGUGCGGAGUGAUGCGCAUGCGAAAGCGUUGGAGGAUAUUCGGGCUGCUUUUCUUAAGAGGCUGGAGGAACUUGCUGCUCAGGCGGCGAAGAUCGCGGGUUUUGAUGUUGCGGAUCAUGGAUCUUCAGAGAUGCCUGCGGCGAGUAUGUGGGACCUGGCGACGGCGGAUCUAGAUCUGAACAAUGGCGCUAUACAGUUCCGCCAAGCGGUCAUACAUCGACAACAUGGCCAUUCACCCAGCAUCGCAACUGUCACGACAGCGCUGGACAAGUGGAUAGAACGACUGCAAGGCUUUACGGAGUUCAUCUCGUCUAUGCGAACGAUCAAAUGGGACGACGACCUCGACUUGGAACUGGACGACUUGACAGACGGCGAGUCACUCCAGGUGAUCCUCAGCAAGAAAGAUCCCCAACUAUUGGAAACCCGACUACACGAGGAAACUACGACUGCUCUGGAAGAGACCUAUCGACAGGUUGAAAAGUGUCUCGAGUCAGAACAUAACCCGACGAUCCUUAUACGCGUGGUACGCGAAGUCGAUCGACGGCGGAGAGGACUUGGGGAUCGAUUUGAGAAGCUGUCGACAGUCAAAGCGGACCCUACCUUCAUUGCAGCCUUGCAUCGCCAGGUCGCAGUGUCCAUCGCCGAGGAAUCCGUCAAGCAAUUCUCCAAGAGCGUACAGAAACGCUCCCAUACACCAGUGACUUUAUGGGACGGCACACCUCCCCUCCCCGUCCAACCUUCACCAGCAACCUUCCGUUUCCUCAAAACAUUGCACAAGCACAUGUCCUCGGCCGGCACCGAUCUCUGGAGUCCUGAUGCCGUGCAAGCUCUGAAAGCCCACGUCGCUGAGCAGGUCGCUGCACAGCCAAACAUUGAGAAGAUCGCCGCCACCACUGCAACCGAGGAGGCGUCCUUGAGUAAUGGGCAUGCCGAUCAAGACGACAAGACGAAUGAGAAGAUGAGCGCUUCGCGGGACCGACUCGUGCAGCUUCAGUUUGAUGUGUUUUAUCUGCAGCGGGUUUUCAGCAGCAGCACAGGAGGGAAACUUGGAGAGGUUGUAGGAGAGAUUGGAAGGCGUGGAAAACUCGAUGACAUGGGGUCAUUGGAGGUGGAGCGGUUACGGAAGAGUGCGAUGGAGUAUUGGCGGAGGACGUAUUUGUUGUUUGGGUUGUUGGCUGUUGGGGUGAAGAUGUCUUGA